UCGAUAUUGUAGGAUCGAUUAAUAGUUACCUAUUUUGGGGGAGUGAUCAAGUCACGACAGUAGAGCGAAGUGUUUACAUAUUUUGUCGAAUUUUGUAACUUUUGUUGAAUUUAUGGUACAGUAACAGAGGCUUUCAAUUAAGAGGUGUGUGAAACCAGAAAGAUUGUGAUCAGAGAAGAACCUUAGAACUUGAACUAUCGCCUGCCCGAUUAUCAAGAUGCCGGGCCAGGUCUACAACAUCCCUAUCAUCCAGCCCGACUUGCGGCGAGAAGAAACAAUCCAACAAAUUGCCGACACUCUGGAGUACAUGGAGAAAGUGGCCAACGAUGUCUUCGAUCACAUCAUCAGCCAGGUUGACGACAACCACACCCGCCUUGAAGGCAUCAACAAGAGGAUAGACGUGGCCCAAGCCAAGGUGGAAAAAAUUAAGGGCACCCGGAAAGCCAUCAAGGUCUUCUCGAGCGCCAAGUACCCGGCGCCGGACAGCCACCAGGCGUACACGUCGGUCUAUACCAAGGACUCCAGCCUUGGCCAGGUGCGACGGCCGCACAGGAAACUCAGCAGCAAGCAUCAGAAUCUGGACAGCCGGGCGUUGAGGGAGAAACUGCAGUUCUACAAUGUCCAGUUAAACGUCCGUAAGGACAAAGAUGGCCAGAGUUCAUGGGAAGGGCUCGGGGGGCUGCCUAAGCACGUGGAUUCUAUCAACUCCCUGUUGCUGUUUAACACCAGUGAAAAUCCGUACAAGAAAUACAUCAUGAUAGAUCCGUUGGGAGCUGUCACCAAGACAAGGAAGGCCAUUGAGGAGGAACAGGAAGAGAUAGGAGCCGCGCCCAUGUCCAUCACUCAACGAGAACAGAUGGAGAGGCAAGGCAUGGAGAACUACUUCUACGUUCCAGACCUGGGAGAUGUACCGGAGAUUGACGUGCCUAACUACCUGCCUGAUCUACCAGGCGUUGCCGAUGACCUGAGCUACAGUGCUGAUCUGGGCCCCUCAAUCGCGCCCUCCCUACCCGGCAGUCACGUCCCAGAGCUACCCAGCGUCAUAGAAUCUGGUAUGGAAAGCCUCCCCAGCGCCCCUGCACAGGAUCUCCCAGCCUUACCUGCUCCACAGAGUGGACCGCCUCCUCCUCCUGGUGGUGCGGCUCCGCCCCCUCCACCUCCCCCUCCACCACCCCCUCCCCCACCGGGUGUUGAGGGUGGGGGUGGUGCUCCCCCACCCCCGCCACCACCUCCUCCCCAGGAGUCCGUCCCGGCACAACCUCCGGCGAAGCCUGACGGCCGUGCCAAUUUGAUGGAAUCCAUCCGCAUGGCAGGCGGCUCGGGGAAGGCCAUGCUACGCAACGUCGCGGAGCGUAAGAUUGAGAAGAAACAGAAGAAGCAGAACCAGGCGGUGACGGGCAUGAGUCUGAUGGACGACCUGGCUUCCAAGCUGUCGCUACGACGGAAGGGAAUCUCCGGCACGCGGCAGGCCGGAGGCGGUGGUGGUGGAUCAUCAGAGGACACCAAGAUGAACGGCAACGCACCCUCUACCAUGGACAAACUAUCAGCUAUGAUACCACCACCGCCUAAGCCUACUCAUUCAAGUAGGAAUAGAUCAAACACGGCCAAUUCAGAAGAUGACUGGGAUUAAACCCUCAUAGGCAGGUUUCACAUUCUAAGGAAAAAAAACUACAAAUUAAACAUUCCGCAUCUUGAUACAUUUCAUGUUGGAAUUACAGAAUUCAUGCAGCACUCGCAACGUUGAUUGGUGGCAUAACUGGACAGUCACAAACAAAUUGCAGAAACGGUCACGAAAAGAGAAUUUCAGAUGGAAUUUUGCGUCGGGGUGAUGUGAAUCAAAUUAGGUUUGUCCUUCACCGACGUUUUUAAACACUGUA